GCUUGUUCCUAUGACUGACUGAGUCAAUUGAUUUGCCAAGAUGCCUGUAUCACUAAGUGAGUGGAGGGUCCGAAUCGGAACAUUCGUCCAUUGGAUUAGGGAGUAUGAGGUUAAGGAGAGGAGAGAAAGAUUGCUUAAAGAAAGGAUUCGAAGACUGAAGGUUCUUUGCAAGAGACUUGAAGAGAAAAUGGGUGAUUCUGGAGAGGAGUCCGAAGAUGACAAAAGCAGACAAGAUGGCCCUGAUUCCAAGGGAUGUCCUCAUAAAACUGCGAACAUUCGGUCGUCAGGAAACUCAUCAGAUAUCAAGGACUUAUUAACUUCAUGUGAUCAGUGCAUACAGGAAUUAUUAACAGCAAGUGAUUCUCAUAUCAAGGAGAUACUCACCCCUUCUGAUACAUGUAUUAAACAAUUGCUGACACCAAGGAGAGAGAGUUUGGAAAGGAUUCGAAGGCUGAAGGUUCUUUGCGAGAGACUUGAAGCGAAAAUGGGUGAUUCUGGAGAGGAUUCCGAAGAUGACAACAGCAGACAAGAUGGCUCUGAUCCCAAGGGAUGUCCUCAUAAAACUGCGAACACUCGGUCUUCAGGAAACUCAUCAGAUAUCAAGGAUUUACUAUCUUUAUGUGAUCUGUGCAUACAAGAUUUAUUAACAGCAAGAGAUUCUCAUAUCAAGGAGAUACUCACUCCUUCUUGUUGUAGCAUCAAAGAACUCAUUACCCCAAAUGACUGUAGCAUCAAAAGUCCAAACACGUUGAAUGGUUCGACUAUCAAAGAUGUAAUCACAGCAAACGAUUCUGGUAUCAAAGAGCUACUUACGACAAAUGAUUCAGAAAUUCAAAUUCUGGUCGGGGCAAAUGAUGCCUCUAGAAUUCAAGAUCUAGUCAAGUCAAAUGAUGAUUCUAGAAUCCAAGAGCUACUCAAGACAAAUUAUUCCAGUAUCAGGGAUCCAAUUACACCUAAAUACUGUAGUAUAAAAGAGGUAAUCGUAUCCAAGAAUGAUAGCACUAAACCGCUUGAUAUCCCAAAUGCUUCCAGUAUCAAAGAUCUCAUUACACCAAAUGAUUCUAGCAUCAUUGGUCUAAUCACGUCAGAAUAUUAUAAUGUCAAGGAUCUCAUCACAUCAAAUGAUUCAAAAGUUAACAGUCUACUAACUCCUAAUGAGACCAACAUUAAAUGGCUAAUAAUGCCGGACGAUGACUACAUUGAAGAGCAGCUUGCACAAGAUUAUGAUUAUGUCAAAACAUGUACAUCAGAUGAUGAAAGCAUAGAACAGGAUCGCCAAGUUGGUGAUUUGGAAGAACAGCAGAUGUCUGAUUUUUCAAUUUCACCGCGUCAUAGUUUGUCAGACGCUUCCUUGAGGGAGCUACUUACAUCCUAUCCGUCAACGAAAGGCCUUCGGACUCCAACUGAUUAUUCAAACACUGAUCUACUCAUACAGACUUCUUACAUCAAAGACCAUGAAACCCAAUCAGAUGGCUCUGUGAAAGAGCUAUUGUCACAAGGUUCACGAACCACAGUUUGCCAACCAUUUGCACCAUGUGAUGAUUUCCUGGUGGAGCUCCUAAAACCAACUGUGUAUGCAAGCAAAGAUGUUCCUUCAAUUGACCUUUGUUGCCAUGAACCUGACAGACAAAAUGAGCCAUUUUCUGAAGAGAGUGGCGAACUACCUCAUUUCGUGGGCAAAGAGCAACAUCCUCAACCUGAUACUAUCACCAAGGAAGCAACUGAUGAUGAACUCCUCAAGAAGCAUCGUACAUGUACAUCAUCAGGGAGCUGCAAGAAGUCACAGACUGAAACCAGUAUUCUCAUGGCAGUCAAACGCAGUCCUGUGGUUCCAUUCGUCUCAAGUAAAAACUGCAUCUGCGACAGAUAUGGAGAGAAACAGAUGAGAGAAUCUGCAUCAUCUUGUCAUGGACUGUCCUUGAAGUCAAAGACAGAUUUGAUCUGUGGACAGAUUCCUCCUCUCUCCGAACUGCUCCUCUUGAAAUCUGGUGAUGUAGAGCUCAACCCAGGCCCUCGUGAAGCAGCUGGGUGGAGCUUGGAUUUGGAGAGAGAGGUGCUGUCAUUGGUAAAAGACGUUUCUCCGGUACACUACUACGACUUGUGUAAUGCUCUAGAUUUCUCUCACGCACAAAGUCAAGUGAUUUUAACAAAAAACCUCUUAGAUGUGUCCAAUGCACUGUCUGAAGUUAUCUGCAGCUGGGGAGUCAAGCAGAGGGAUGGCAGUAAUUACAAGAGACUUCUAGCUGAAAAACUCAAGAGUGUAAAUUUAGAUGCGCUGGCAACAAAACUAGGUGAAGGUGAGGAAACUGUCAAGAUGAACAUUUGA